AUGGAGGAUAAAAAUCGAAAUGAAUCUCCGAAACCAGAAAAGUCCAUUUGGAAAAAAUCCAAUUUCAAGCGAGAAGAUGGCAAAAAAUGUAAAAAGAAUAUACGUUUCAAUUUAAAUGUUAAUGUUCACUCUGAUGAUGAAGAUCAUAUUUCAUCAUCAAAACAAGAUGGAAAACCUGGCCUCAGUGAACCUUCUCCGAAGAAGAGGAAGAAGGAGAAUACCAAUAUACCAUCCAUUUCAAAUGAAGUGGAGAGAGAAAUUGAGUGUCAGUAUCGUUCAAAGGCCAAGGAGUCCAAACUCACAGCGAGGAAUGUUAAAACCAUUCUAAAGUCGGUGAUCACCAACAAGUAUGUGGUGGACAUGGUACGAGCAGCAGAGGAAGGAGGCCAAAGUGCUUUUCCUUUUGAGCCGAAACUCACCAGAGCAAAAACCAAAGAACUGCUACAACACCCGGAAGUUCCUGUUCCGCCAGUGAUGGAAUUGUUGUCGAACUCUCCAACUGGUGAGUUGAGCCCGGAAAUUAAACUUCUUAUUGAUGAAGAACUGUCAGAAGAUUCCUCGGACGAAGAAUACAACCCCGAAAAUGAACCUGAACCACCAAGUGAAGAUGAAGAUAAAGGAGAUGUGUCCGUGGCAAGUGACAUGGACUCACUUCCCCCCACCCCUGUCUCGUCGCAAGCUCCCCCCACUCCAGUACACGAGUGUUCUUACGACUUGUCUCAGGACGGCCUCUUUAAAGUUCCACAGGAGAACGUAGGUCAGCGGACAAGGUCCAAGUUGGACUUUCACGACAUGCCUCUGGAGUGUAUAGAGCAAGCUUACGUUCCUCCGGACAUCACUCCUGACAUGUACGAGGCCGAAUGUGACAAUCCCGACUGGCAUGACUUUCUGAAGGAGUUCACUCAGCCGUUAGCUGCCAACGAGACACUCGAAGACGAUCCGGACAAUGAUCCUGAGUACAAUAUUUUUGAAGAUGAAGAAAAAGAUCCAAUUGAUUACAAAGAGGAGAUGCGCAAAGACAAAGCCGUCAAAGUUUCCAAGAAGGAGUUGAACUCUUUGAUGAAGGAGCUGUUUGAAAUGGACGCAUUGUCAAGUGAUGAUGAAGGCAGGACAUCAGAGAGUAUUGCUGAAUUGGAGGCUAGUAUAAUGAAGGAGACGGAAGAGCGUCAACGACGAGAAGCGGAAGAGAAGAAGAAGAAACAGCUUGGCUUCCACCCCAACCAGCUUCUGUUGUUGGCUCAACAAAUGCGGCAACAUGUACAGCUUACUACGCAGCACUAUGUGCAGACCUACCAUCAUCCCAGAUAUUACAGAUACGCGGCCACGUUCAAAACUAUGCUGGUGACUCUGUCUGGACUGAAGAAAGACAAAGUUUGCGGUCAAGAAACCUUCAACUUGUCCGCUGCUUUGGACACGGUCGCUAAAUGGGAGAGCAUCGUAGAACAGUCUGGAGAUAAGAUACGACAGUUUGUUCUGGACCAAAUUGAGGCUGAAGCCAAGAAAAAAAAGUCCAAUAUGAGGAUGUCGCAAGAUUUUCCUCCAGAGUUGAUGAAAUGUAUGAUGGAGAGUGAAGCUAUUCUGUACCCGUUGUUGUUGCCUUCCACUCCUUUUUUGACAUGUCUGAUACCAACGGGGCAUACCUCUUUCACAGCUUCAGAAAAUAUGUUGCUAGCACUUUGUUUAGAGCAGGUAACUCAAAUGAUGGAUCGGAAAAAGAGAUCUCGAAAGAAGAGAACUAUCAAAGACAUGGCUCAAGUCAUCUACGACAUGACCAUUCCCCGGAGCGCUCCAAGUAGAGUUGCAUAUUACAUUAGGAAAAUGAAUGCAUUCAAACAGAUGAAUCCGAUAAAGGCAUUCUUCAGGUGUGGCAAGGCCCCAACUGUGGUGCACUAUGUGUACCCUGUGUAUCAAGGGUUGAAACUUUACCAGCAACCUCCUCAGUUGAUGCCACAAGUGUGGAGGAAGUACUUAGCUGAAGAUUACUGGAACAAAGUAGCGGAACAUAGUAAUGAAAUUAAACCUAGUACAAGCAAAACAAUACAGGACCAACCAGAUAGUGAACUUGGAGAGAAAAAUAAAGAAGUUGACAAACAACAGGAAGCAAAACCUAGUACUAGCAGACAAAUACAGGAACAACCAAAAUGCGGUCUUGGAGAGAAGAAAAAAGAAGCACCACAACAACAGGAAGCAAAACCUAGUACAAGCAAACAAAUACAGGAGCAACCAAAAAGUGAUCUUGUAGAGAAGAAAAAAGAAGCAUCACAACAACAGAGGAAAGAUAAAGUUACCAUACAAGAACAAAACAAACGUAACAUUUUAGGUAAAGCAAUGACUAAACAUGCAGAAGAAAAUGUAAAAAUUUCAGAUAAGGAAAUUGCUAAUCUAAAAAGGAUAACCAUCAACAAUAUAAUUCAGAAUGCGAAUGCAGUUAACCAACUUUCAAGGAAUUGCGACAAACCAAAAACAACACAAAGAGAUAUACGAAUGAUGUUGGACAGAAAAUCCAGUAUUGAACAUGCUGUGUUCAACGGCAAGAUCAAUUUAUAUAGUGAUCAACUGCAGGAGAAGGAAGCUUACAAUAGUGACAAGCUUAUUAUGAAGACUCGUGCCAAAAAUCCAUCGACAGUUAGUGUUUCAAAGUUUAAAAAUAAACAAGAAACUCGUUCUUCACCAAAUAAGAGACCAGGUUUAAGGUCUUCUAACUCGCGCUCUAUCGGAAAAACUGGAAACAACAAACCAAAAAAGGUCUCUCCCAAAAAGAUUUCACAAAAAAAUGUACCUCCAAAAAAGGUUUAUCGAAAAAAGAAUUCAAAAACAAAAACUUUAAGUAAAAGAAGAUAUAAAGAUUCAGUUCCAAUCGAUGAUUUCAUCGAAACGGUUGUGCCUAAAAUGAAUUUUAAAGUAGUUUCAAAAUGUUCAUAUAUAAAAUCAAAGAUAGAAGAAGAUAAAACAAGACAGAAAAGUAAAAUUGAAUCCGACAAACGACAAUAUCUUAAAAAUGUUGGGCUGACGCAUGAAAAGAUUGUGAGAAAUAAUUUGUCAAAACCUAAUAAAUUAAGUUCAGAGCUGUCAAAUCACUUGGAUCCUGGGUUCAGGUUGCAUAGUGAAAGUGAUUCACAUCAGUCUAAUAGCAUCGAGUGUGAACGGACUCCGUUGUUUGUAAAUACCCUUAAGCCAUGUAGCAGCGUAGAAUCUCACUCUCCCAAACCACCCUCCACAGUGAAAUUAAAAAACAAAUUCAACUGCGAUUCGUUGUUUGGGUUAUGCAGCGAUAAAACCAAAGUUCCUUCAACUGCAUAUUCUCUGCUAAAUGGAUCAAGUUAGUUUAUUAUGAAAUCCUAGUAUUAAAAGAAUAUUGUGAUAUUAUUUUAAGCAGUGCAAUUUUUUGCUGUAGAACUCACAUUCAGUGUAAUGUUAGAGAUUAUUAGUCAAAAGUUCUUCCUUCAAAUGCAGGUACAUAAAUAAUAGAUAUAGUUCUCUAUUAGACAGAAUACAUAAUUUCAUUUUUACUUGGAAUUUUAGCCACUGUAAAGUAUUUUUUGUAUGGCCUCUUUUACUUUUAAAUUGGGACCCAAUUCAUAAGUCUUUCUUAAAUUUGUAAUGAAAUCAAAGCUUAUGUUAGAAAUUGAAAUGGCCUAUAUGCACACACAUUUAUGGAAAAUAAGUUUUUCUAUCUGUUCUACCCAUACAAAGUAGAAUUGGCAUACUUUUACCUACUUUUUCUUAAACAUUGCCUAAGAGUCUUGGAUGCUUAUUGGUGAUAUUCUAAAUAGCUUAAGUGACCUCGCUUUGUGCGAAUGAUUCCACAUUUUAAUGAAAUUAUUGGUUAUAGUUAUGGUCAAGCUAACAUUUGGCGGUUCCCUUCACUGGUGGACUCAACUCGCACCUGGGAGCCCAAUUGGUUGCCAUUAGUAUAGUUGGGAAAAAAUCUAACAAUGUGAUAUUGUAAUUUUACUAAUUUCUGUUCAUUUGAUACCAAAUUUCACACAAAUCAGUCGACAUUAGCAUAACAAUCGCUGAUUUGUGUGAAAUUUGGUAUCAAAUUUAUCAAAAUUUGUAGGGAAAUGUUUGCGUGGUUUUAUCUUGGAACAUUACUUGUCCUUAAUGGGCUUCCUAGUCUCUUUACUGUAAGUUCAGUUGAGUGACAGUAAUAAGGGACCAGCCACAAAACUAUGAUAGAACAAUUUGCUAGCUUAUGGUCCGCAUAUAACCUGUUGGAUUCACAUUUAGCUUGUCUACGACUAUAAUGGCUUGGUUACUCAACUUUUGAUGGUUGGGCUGGACAGCAUUUGGCAUCGACAUAACAUAAUUUAUUUACCUUGGCCUCAGAAAAUAAAUUUUGAAGAUCCUAUUCCAUCCACAAAACCAACAGUUAUGGAUGCCAGGUGCUGCCUUGUUUGUGCAUGACUCAAAUAUUACUCCAUC